UUUGAAGGGGUUUCCGGAAGUAGCCGCAGAGUUUGCUCGAACUUGACCGGGGAAGUCAACGCGAAGGCGUGCGCGUGCACGUGCGCGCGUUUGUGCGCGAGAGCUUGUUCACGUCAGCCGAAGUCUCCUUUUCACUUAUUAUUAUUUUAAAAUAUCGCAACACAAAACAGGCUGGAAAUUGUUUUCUCAGGAGGCAAAAUGGAGCCCGAGGCGGACCUUCAGCCACAAGAGGACUCGAGGGAGCCUCGGGCGAGGAUGACAAAACGGCAGACGCUCACCUUGAUAUCCAUGGCGUCCGUCAACUUCAGCUCCAUGAUCUGCUACUCCAUACUGGGACCGUUCUUCCCCAUAGAGGCAGAGAAGAAAGGCGCGUCGCAGACGACGGUGGGCGUCAUAUUCGGCUGCUACGCCGUCAGCAACCUGAUCGGCUCGUUGAUCCUCGGCCGAUACAUCGUGCCAAUCGGCGCAAAGAUGAUGCUGAUCACGGGGCUGUUUGUGUCGUCGGGCUGCACCAUUCUCUUCGGGCCUGCUCUCGAUCCCCUCCCUCCCGGCAGGCUGCUGGACAGAGUCCCGGCCGGUCCGGUUUUCAUCGCCCUGUGCGUCAUCGUGAGGUCGGUGGACGCGGUGGGCUUUGCCGCCGCCAUGACUUCCUCCUUCGCCCUCUCGGCUAAAGUUUUUCCCAACAAUGUGGCCACUGUUUUGGGAAGUUUGGAAGUGUUUACGGGCCUGGGCCUGAUCCUGGGACCGCCGGUCGGAGGCUGGUUCUACCAGUCCUUCGGGUACGAGGUUCCCUUCAUGGCGCUGGGCUGUUUCCUGCUGAUCAUGGUUCCGCUCAACAUCUACAUUUUGCCCUCCAUCGACGCCGCUUCCACCAAGAGCUCCUUCCUGGGCCUUCUGCAAAACCCGCAAGUCAUCCUGCUCUGCCACGUCAUCUUCACCCUGAGCUCGGGUCUGGGCUUCCUGGACGCCACCUUGUCACUCUACGCCGUAGAACAGUUCCAGCUGUCCGCCGGCUACGUGGGUCUGAUCAUGCUGGGUCUUUCCUUCCCGUACUCGCUGGGGUCGCCGCUGAUGGGCUUUUUCACCGAUAAAUACCCCGCAACCAGGAGCUGGUUCAUGGUGAUCGGCGGCGCCACCACGGCUUUGGGCUUCCUGUUGCUGGGGCCCGUCCCUUUCCUUAACAUACCAAAGCAUCUGUGGCUGCUGGUGGUCAUGCUGGGGGUCAUCGGCUUUUCCCUGGCGAUGACCGCCAUCCCGGUCUUCCCGGAGGUCAUAAAGUGCGCCUACGAGAACGGUUACGAGGAGGGACUGAGCACUCUCGGGAUGGUGUCGGGGUUGUUCGGAGCCGUGUGGUCCGCAGGGAUGUUUUACGGCCCUACGGUGGGCGGCGUCAUCACGCAGCGUCUGAGCUUCGAGUGGGCUGCCGCCAUCCAAGGAGGCCUGGCCUUCCUGGGCGCUUUCUUCCUGGUCCUCUAUUACGUCUCGCAUCCAGCGACGCGCCACAGGCUUCCAGACAGCAGGAGACAAGCUGACGAGAGACUUCCGCUCCUGAAUGAAUGAAUCGCUGGCCAACAAUAUUUUCAUAGGAAGGAUGUGCCGAAAUGUUCGCAUUGUUCUGAACUCGGCGGGCGGGACGGGACGACUGUUAUUACGUAUAAUUAAAAGUGGGAGGAAAUUUUCUAGUCAACGCAGCUU